UGCUAGUAGCUUUCUUUUCGUCCGCAUUUCUUUUAACAUUGAACGGAAUUUCGCUUGAACUAAGUUUCACUACAACUUUCGCGGAACACCUUAACCCCGGGAGAUUGGAUUACACGAACUAUUUCAGCAACUGGAACAGGUUGGUGUUGAUGUAAGAAAACAACCGGAUCUCACACAUGCUUUACUCCUGUUGUGCACGUUCAUUAUGACUUACGUGGAACGGCGAUUUCUUCUCAGGAACGGUCCCCCAUGGGGGUUCCGCCUGUAUGAAGAUUUUAUGGAGGGGCUGAUUGUAUCUAAGGUUCGUCAACGCAGUCCGGCUGACCUCGCAGGGCUGCGCGAAGGUGAUCACGUGUUGGCCAUUAGCGGAGUGGACGCAUUAGACAUGUCGCAUGAAUACGCAGUCCAAGUGAUCGAACAAGCUGUCUACACACUGGAGAUCAUUGUUGGCCGGUAUGAACGUUUACAAAAACAAGAGACGAUUUACCUGGACAAUCAGUCUCUCCGUUCCAAGCAACUGCCGCAAGAUAUCACAACGACUGAGCUACAGUUGUUCUGGGAAAAGGAAAUGCCACUGAAACCGGCCAGGCGAGUCAUGCCGCCACCGAAACCUACCGUCAUUCUGUCAAACACUAGACCUGCACCAACCAGAUCACCACCAUCAAAACCACGGCCGCCGUUAAAGAUUUAUAUUCCACCACCACAAGCAACCCCACCGACUCCUGUGCCUGUGUCUGCAGCGCCGAAACAGCCCACACUUGUAACACCGAGAGAGCCGACACCAGAAUGGGAGAGAAAAAUUGUACCAAAUGAUCCAGACGUUUCUAGUGUAUCAGUAAAGCAGCUGUUGAAGGAGUUCGAUGUACCAGAGAUCGCUCCGGAAUUAAAAAGUAGGAACUUAUACCAUUUCUUUUUGUGCUGGCAAAUUGAAAAUUAA